ACUAGUAGACUGGCCAGGGCGGAAAAAGUACACCCGCAAGGCCGCAACCGUGAAGUUUUUCUUCCUCGUCUUCUGGGUUUCUACCUAAUCCUUGUUCUUCGUCCUCUCUCUCUCUCUCUCUCUGCAACAUCGGAGUUGGUUCCUCCAAUACAAAGCCCUAGCAAUCCUUCUGGAAGCAGGAGAAUCAGUUAAUUUUGCGUCGGCGGUUAAGUUCGGCUGAAGGUCAGUCCGUCACCUCUCCUUGCACAUACGUGGAUAUAUUGCUGCGAAAUGUACAGAUCCAUUAAAGUAUCUUUCCUUGGUGUAUGCAGCAAUUUGCUUGUAACAGCAUCCAAGUAUUGAAAGGGCUUCCAUGGCAGGCAAUGACCUACCAUCUUUGGCCCGUGUGAAGCUCAGUGAUCUGAUACCUUCUGAAGGCCUUCCGUCUGAUUUGUACAAAUUAUCUGUUUCCACUUUGUCACAAUCACUGGCUCAAUAUUCUGCUGCUAUCAUUCAACUAUGUCCAACAGAUGCGGCUCUUUUGAGGGCUUCUCUUGAAUCUGCUCGUCUGUACUUCCAUCAAAGACCAUCAUACCCUUCUGCGGAUACGAUUCAAACAAAUGACUCCCGUGAGUGGUGCAAGACCUCUGGUUAUUAUGUGGAUCCCCAACUGUGGCAAGAAACUUAUGAUUGCAGACCAGGCCUCACUCCCACAGAGCCUGAAAAUGAAAUGGAAUUUCCGCCUUCUGGUUUGUCUGACAUAUUUGCACUGCUAGGGAAAGCUGCUAGAGACAUACUGGACGCGAUAAGCUUCUAUUUGAAUCUGCGUAGCUCUCCAUUUACUGAAAUACUCGAUAAUGUUCCCUUGAGAAAUAGGGAAAUUUCUUCUUCAGUACUGUCGAUUUGCUGUCACGCAAGGCCUUCGUUUCAGGGAGCUCAGCACCAUAAUUUAACAACCCAAGAGGAUGGCCAGUUAGUCAUGUUUUCUGAGCAUGAGCACGAGCAUCAAGUUGAUAAAAGCCUUAUAUCUCUUCUCAAGUCAGAUAAGGCAGGCUUAUAUAUAAGAGACUUUCAUGGUCGGUGGGUACUUGUAGAUGGUGAUCUUGGUCCCCAAGAAGCCAUUGUUUGUCCUGGACUUGCUCUGUAUCAGGCAACUGCAGGCUAUAUAAGUCCUGCAUUGAUGAGGACAGAGAUUGGUAAUCUACAAGGUAACAUGUUUGGGCGGUGUUCUCUGGCCUUCAAACUUAUGCCUAAAGCGAUGACAAGUCUUAAUUGUUCAGAAAUGAGAGCUGCUGGUCACGGAGUUGAACCUCAAUUUCAGCUUCCGGUGCCGGUAGAUGACUUCAUGCAGAGGUCACACCCAACUGAUCAACUCUUUAACCGGCACAAUUUCCCAAGUUUCAAUUUUCCAGCAGCCCAAGAAGGAUCUAUGAAGCCAUUGUUGAGGAGGAGGAAAAAUAAUGCAAGAUGCAAACCUCUGCCACCUUCAAAGAGAUUGCGGCUUGAGGCACAAAGAGUUCUAAAGGAGAGGGUUCAGGACAUUGCUGACAAGAAGGGCAUAAAACUGAGGUUCUGCGCUCUGAAGGAGUGUGAGAAUCACAUUCGCUCACUUGAUAGCCCAUGUGCCAACUUAAGGGUGGAAAUUGGGUGGCCACCAGGAGUACCAUUUGUUCAUCCGCAUGAUUUGCCUAACAAGGCAAAGAUUGGAUUUCUGGAAACUUAUGAACCUGGUUGGACAGCUACUCAUGAUAUGGAACUAAGUCUAAUCGACCCUGGGCAGCCAAGUCAACAUUCGGGCGAACUGUAACUGAAAGUAUUGUUCCUUAUUUUCUUUUUAUUUUUCCUUUCAAUGGACAUUCGUAACUUUACGAAAUGUGGUAGUUACAUGCUAAAUAUCAAACAUCCAACCAUGUGCAUGUGCCAGUCAAAUAAGUUGCUCUUGUACGCUGUGUGAUUUUGUAUUUGCAUCAUUUGUUCUGAACAAGAAGUUUCUUCCCGUAAAUGAUAUGUAUAAAAUGGAAGUUUGCAGUAA